ACGUGAAAGUCAGACCAAAAAGCCAAUGGCACAGGGUGUCAUAUCAAUGGCAAAUAGCUAGAUAGAUGUCCUUUUUAAAAUAAUCGUGUGCUGGCAGUAAAAUUGACUGGGUUUUCCCUUAAUGGGAGUAUACUAGUAGCAGUAAUAAUUGUCGUGGUAAUGGUAGCAGUGCUUGUGUUCCGUGACAAAUGCCCUGGCGCUAGCUACAGAACGUGACAGGAACGACUAUGCAAUAGCUAUCGCUACUGUUGCAUUUGCUAACUAUGCGUCAGAUUGAAUUUAUUCAUUGCACCUCUUAUGUUCUUUUUUCCAGCAAAUACGUCAGUCUUUCUCGUGCGGUUUUCACCCUCUGUCACCUGCAUGGAUACUGGCAUCUGGAGGAAAAGAGAUACAAUGAUCGAAGGCUUUACGGAUGUAGGAUAUCUGUCAAUGUUACAAGAUGGCAAUUUGAGACAGAUAUCAUCGAGAUUGGACAAUUCAUUUGCGUCGUUCAAGGGCUACGGUUCUUCCCUGCGGCUUGCCGUCUCUUCUACCAUCGAUUGGGUGGCAGCUGCUGCUGUCUGUCAGUCGUCAGUCAGCCAUUCACUCAGUCAACGAGAAGGGGUUUUGAGGACGAUGAAGUCUUUUCAGAGGAACAAUGAAAUACCAAAAUACUACGAUACCGAAGAAGCAGCAUGUUUGCCGCUUCUAUUUUUAACCUGAUACACCCCGCGCCUCUUGGCCACCCCCGCCCUAUUCCCUUUUGCUUCUUUCCAUUUCCUACUAGAUAGAAUCAAAGUCUCGGCCAAGGUUGUAAUAUACUCCCGACCCAGAACUCAGAUGCGUGUGUAAAAUCGUUGCAAUAGCAUGAACAAUAUAAGACUUGCUAGCAAACAAUUUGAUGACUAAAGAAGUUCUCUAUCAAUUUCAAUCAAAUGAAUUUUGUUUUCAAUAGUGUGUAUGAACAUGUUGAAACGAUGCUGUCCUCUUUCACAUAUGUGUGCCUCAUUUCAAUGUUUCACAUGUACUAGAUUAAAUUUUCACAUCUAUCUAUAUGAAAUUAAAUUAUUAAAACACUAUCGCUAAGUAGAGAAUUUCGCGUUCUAAUAAUUUAAUUUCGUAUAGAUUUCAACGUGUACUACAGGGCAGACAGAUGACGUCUUUGGGGCA